AUGAGCUCCGAGAGAGAGAAGAACGAGCUCAAGUCUCAAGGCGCCGUCGAGGCUGCUCGUGACCCCAACAGCUCUGUCACCGGCGAUGAUGCAGAACGGGUCAUCUUAGAAGAGAGCAAAAAAGCUGGCUCUACUGCUCUACAUUUCGAUCCUAACGCGUCGCCAGAGGAAAAGGCCGCGCAAGCCAGAUCGCGGCAGAACGAUACUCGUCGCCCACCCAAGGGAAUCGGAGUAGUGACGGAUCUUGAUGAUGGAAAGCCCUCUCAGUACAAUCUGCCUCCGCCCGAACCCAUUUCCGUCGCUGCAAAAGUAGAACCCCCUACGGCCCAGGAUGGCGCGACAAACGGAGUGGUCCCAGAAGAUGGACAAGACUGGACCCAGGUCGGGUGGGCUCCACGCUUCGGCUCUGGUGAGACGGAUGAAGAGAAAGAAGAAGGCAACCUAUUAGACCAUCAAACAGCCCUCGAGGGGAGGUUGGAUGAGAAGUUCUUUGGUGAUUGGUAUCACAAUACUGCUGUCAUCAUCUUUGCCUGCAUCGCAUCAUGGCUCAUUGCUACCCUCGGCGGUGGCCUGGCAUGGGUCAUCAUCAUCAUGGCCACAUGCGGCACCUACUACAGAACCUCCAUCCGACGCGUGAGACGAAACUUCAGAGACGAUAUCACACGGGAACUAGCCAAAGCACGUUUGGAAACCGACACCGAAAGUCUUGAAUGGAUGAACAGCUUCCUGGUCAAGUUCUGGCCCAUCUAUGCCCCACAGCUUGCCAAAGCCAUCAUCAUGUCCGUCGACCAAGUUCUGAGUACCUCGACGCCGGCAUUUCUCGACAGCAUGAGACUCGAAACCUUUAUCUUGGGUACCAAGCCACCCCGCAUCGAGCAUGUCAAGACCUACCCCAAGGCUGAGGACGACAUUGUCCUAAUGGAUUGGAAGUUCAGCUUCACUCCAACUGACACGAUGGAUAUGACUGCCCGCCAGCUCAAGACAAAGAUCAACCCGAAAGUCGUCCUCGAAAUCCGGAUUGGUAAAGGCGUAGUCAGCAAGACAAUGAAGGUCAUCGUCGAGGACUUUGAGUUCUCGGGGCUGAUGCGGGUCAAAAUGAAGCUGCAAAUCCCAUACCCACAUAUCGAUCGCGUUGACAUCUGUUUCCUCGGUCGACCUACAAUUGACUACGUCUGCAAGCCUCUAGGUGGAGAAACAUUCGGCUUCGAUAUCAAUUUUAUCCCUGGGUUGGAGAACUUUAUUAAGGAGCAGAUCCAUGGCAAUCUUGCCCCGAUGAUGUACGAGCCGAAUGUCUUCCCCAUCGAGGUGGCCAAACUGCUGUCGGGCAACCCCAUCGAUUUAGCCAUUGGCGUUGUUGCCGUGACGCUCCACAAUGCCAACGGUUUGAAGAACCCGGAUAAGUUCUCUGGUACACCAGAUCCCUAUGUGGUUGUCUCGUUGAACAGCGCCAAAGAACUUGCACGUACCAAAACGAUUCACGAAGACCACAACCCGCGCUGGAACGAGACCUUGUAUAUCAUCAUCACGAAUUUGACGGACUCCUUGACGCUGCAGGUCUACGAUUACAACGAUGUGCGCAAGGACAAACACCUCGGUACCGCAACUUUCACGCUCGACAGGUUGGAGGAGGCACCUGAGCAUGAAAGUUUGACUCUAGAUGUACUCGCCAAUGGGAAGCACCGUGGAGUGGUCAAUUGUGACAUUCGUUUCUUCCCAGUUUUGGAACCGGAGAAGCUCCAGACUGGCGAGAUUUUACCACCCCCAGAGUCAAAUACGGGCAUUGCAAGAAUCACCAUCGAGCAGGCCAAGGAUCUUGAUGGAAGCAAGAGCCUCGUCGGCGCUUUAGAUCCAUAUGCCGUCCUCCUCCUGAAUGGAAAGGAGAUUCAUAUCACCAACAAGCUCAAGCAUACCAACAACCCUGUGUUCUCGAACAAUACGAAGUCAGUUCUCAUCACGGAUCGUAAGAAAGCGAGGGUCGGACUGGUCAUCAAAGACAACCGCGACCUUGUCACUGAUCCCAUUCUAGGCACCUUUCAAAUCAGACUGGACGAUAUGCUCAAACUUGUGGACAAAGGUCAGGAGUGGUUCAAUCUGCACGGUACGACGACCGGCAAGGCCAAGUUGAUGCUGGACUGGAAACCAGUAGCACUGAGGGGUGUCACCAGAUCUGGCGGCUACAUCACGCCAGUUGGUGUGAUGCGCAUCCACGUCCAGAGCGCGAAGAACCUGCGAAACUACGAGACAAUGGGCAAAUCCGACCCUUAUGCUAGAGUUUUACUGUCAAGUAUUCCCAAGGGCCGGACAGUAACGUUCCAGAACGAACUCAAUCCUACUUGGGAUGAGGUUAUAUAUGUACCUGUGCACACACCUACUGAGCGACUGAUCCUUGAGGUGAUGGACGAAGAAAAGCUGGGAAAAGACCGAUCUCUUGGCCUGGUCCAAAUUGCCGCUUCAGAUUACAUGAAAGAGGCCGAAGAAGGCGGGUAUGAAGUCCAUGAUACCAGGACCGUGCUGUCAGAGGGUUUGCGAAUGGGAGGUGCGGGCGAGGCGAAGGGCACGAUUAACUACACCGUUUCAUUCUUCCCGACCCUGAAUGUGGUGGAUCCAGAAGAGGAAGAGGAAGAGCAAAAAGCCCAAGCAGCACUCGAAGGGCACGAAACUCCAACCGCCACGCCGUCGCACAGCAAGAAAUCAUCCGUUGAUGUCAAGGCUUCGACCGAGAUAGUAAGGCCGAGCGUGGAUGGCCGGAAGAGCUUGGAUACGGCUGGCCGGCUUGGUGCUCUCGUGAAUGGAGCCGCGUCUAUCAACGGCUCCGUCUCUUCCGUCAAACGACAGCCACCAAAAAUCAGGAUCAACCCAGAAGAUAUCCACAAAUACGAAUCGGGUCUAAUUGUUUUCAACCUGGUCGAAGGUCACUUUGCACAAACUGACGUUAAACUCGAGGUCGUGAUGGACGACCAUGCCUUCCCGGCUUACACGUCCUCAAAGAUUCGAGAGAAAGACCACCACUUCGGUGAGACUGGUGAUGCCAUGGUUCGUGAAAUCGAGAUGUCUCGAAUCACACUCCGGUUGACCGAAAAGGUUGACCACACUGGCAAGGGAGACGACAAUGACAUCGUGGCUAAGCUGACGGGCCCUACUCUCCCUACGUUACAACAGUGCUUGUAUAAGCCCACAGAGCUUACAAUGAGGAGCAACAACGGAGGUCUCAACAAAGUGGUGGUCAGUCUCAAAUAUCUACCCGUGAAGAUGCAGCUUGAUCCCAGCGAGAGCAUCAACAACAUGGGCACCCUGCGCGUCGACGUGAUGGAUGCGGCCGAUCUUCCGUCUGCCGAUCGCAAUGGGUACAGUGAUCCAUACUGCAAGUUCAGGUUGAACGGGAAAGAAGUGUACAAAACCAAGAUCCAGAAGAAGACACUCCACCCUGCUUGGAACGAAUUCUUCGAGGUGCAGAUUCCAUCCCGCACAGCAGCUGACUUCAAGGUCGACGUUAUGGAUUGGGAUUUCGGCGACAAAGCCGACCAUUUGGGUUCUGCGACGCUGAAUCUACAAGUUCUGGAACCCUUCCAACCACAAGAGCUCCAGUACGCGCUGGACGGAAAGUCGGGGGUCCUUCGACUUAGGAUGUUGUUCAAGCCCGACUACAUUACCCGCACUCGGCAAGGGACAUCUACCUUUUCAGGGACCUUCGCGCCAGCAGGAAAAGUAAUUGGUGCACCUGUCAGAGGUGUCGGGAAAGUCGGCGGCGGCGUGGUGAAGGGGGCUUCUUUCAUCAAGCACGGCUUGACGAGAGGGCGAGGCAACAAGGAAGAGGCAUCGUCGAAUACCAACGGCACGAUGGAGACUUCGGAUAGUGCCCUGUCGACACCGGCUAAAGCCUCCCCCAUGGUAGAUGGAAGUGCGACUCCUGUCACCCCAGCCACACCCUCCCCGAUGAUGCACUCCCGCACUAAGAGCACCCAUUCAACCAUGACGACUCAGAAAGGCGGCGAGACGGGAACAGCGAGUUUUAUCAUCGUCUCUGCCACCGGAUACCCUCCCAAAGCUGAUGUCCAGGUUCUGAUCAAGAUCAUAGGGACCAGGGGAGCGAAAGAAGUGCACAAGACCAAGGCAAUCAAAUCGUCCUCGGGCACUGUGGAGUUUGAUGUGAACCACGAAAACUUCAAGGUGCCGUGCUCGGCAGACACGCAGUUCCAACUACAAGUCAGAGAUCACGACAUGCUCCGAUCCAGAGACCUCGGGGAGGCGAUGUUCUUUGUAUCUGACCAAGGCGCGGGAUCCGAUCAGAUUGUCAAGGCUGGGUCAGGUACGGUCACAAUCCGCAGCAGCUUCGCAACCAACAACGGAGUCGCCUCCGAAAGCCUCAGGCCAGUCACCAGUGGACGGGACAGCCCAGACUCGAAGCGAGAGGGACGACGAAGCUUCUUUGGGAGAAGGGAUGUUAGCGGCAAACACGAGGGGUCCUGA